CAUCAAAAGAGAGCUGAUACAGAAGAGCGAGAUCAAGGAAGAUGAUCGAGAAAAGACGAUCAAGGAAUAUAACUUAUAUCCAUUGUGCAUAUCAUUAAUCAGCAGCACUCUUUCAAUCUCAUAUCCACUUUGCAUAUCUUGAAUUAGCAACCCUCAAGUCCUUUUUGCAGCUCUUUCGGUUGUGUCUUCCAACCUUCCCGCACCUGCUGCUACAUUGUAUUGGUCUGAUCUUCUCGCCAUUUGACCGAAGCUUUUUCUUUCGAGGUCUUCCAGAUGGCGUCCUUGACAGUGGUGAAAGAAUAGGGAUACUUAAGUGAAGAGUGAACAAAACUCAACUCCUUUUUCUCUCAUCAAUCUCUUGUUUUCUCUCUCCCAAAAAUAUCUGCGGCGACAGUUGCCUCACGGAAUACAAUGGUAGCUUCAAAUCGGAAAAACAACACCCCUAAGGGUUUCACGGAAGAACUGAAGGAAUCUCUGAUACUCGGAUUUGUUGGUUUCCCUGUGACACGCUCACGAUCGAAAGAUUUGAAACUACCACCGUUGGCGGAGGGAUGCAAGAACCCUACCACCGGCGGCCAUACAUCAGACCAGCGGCAGGAAUACUCUCCCGAUGAUACGAAAGUAGCUUCAGAUCAAAAAAAGAAGAACUCAAAGGUAGCUUCAUCUUACAAAAAGAAGAACGCAAAGGUGGCUUCAUCUCACAAAAAGAAGAACGCAAAGGGUGUCCCGAAAAAAUCUAACAGGGCGGUGGCCAAGAACCCUACCCCCGUCGGCUUGACAUCAGAAGAGCUGCAGAAAUACUCUCGCGAGGAUUUCGAUUACAAAGAGUUUCAUGGUCCGGUCUUUGGCAUCCCACCAUUACUUAAGAUUGUAGGAUCACAGAUCCGACCAAUAAUACCAAAGUAUAUCUUGCGUGGGAAUCUCGAUGUGAAAGCUGCUAUGAAAUAUCACAACCGUCGAUGCAACGGAAACUACAGCGGUUAUAAGUUUCCCCUCCAGAUGAAAUCACAGGUGGUCGGUGGUGGUCAUUUGGAUUUCAUUACCUUUGAGUUACGUAAACCUGGUGGGGAUGAUUAUGAGAAGUUCCAAGCUAUCCUGUAUACUGCUCCUGGUGCUGGAGAGGCGGUGGAACCCAAGGUCCUAAUGUGCAGACCUGAACUCGGCUUCGCUGCUAAGCGUACCCUUCGUUUCAUGAGUAUCAAUGACGUGCACAGUAUCGAUGACCUGUGGCUGUGACAACAAUACCAGUAUGCUGUGGAAGGUCCCUUUGAAUGGUAUUUGUGUGGAGUGGAUCACAGUUUCUUUACGUAUGGAUUCUGAACGCUUAUUAGGGUAGUAUGUUUACUAUGGAGUGCAGGGUUUGUUGUAAAUGGUAUCUUUUUUUUUGCUCGGCGUUGUAAAUGGUAUCUUUGUGGAGUUGAUUGUAGCAAUGUCUGCUUCUGGAUGUUAACAAACUAUAAAAGACCAACUUAGCUUACAAUGUGGUUCUUAUGUGAAUGAAUGGUAUUUGUGUGGAAUGGAUCAUAACUUCUUUA